AUGCCAGAAACGAUUACUCUGUCAAAACGGAAUCCGGGUGCGCGACUCGCGGCCAUCACCAGGGUCGAGACUAAAUUGCCUCGAUGCAUGCAACGUAGAUUACCGUAUGCUACCGCUGGCUCCGCGUCCGUAAAAUGUCAUCCGCGAUCAAGCCCGUACCGAUGCACCGAUCAUCGCAUACCCAAGAGACCGUACAGACUGGGGGUCGGAUUGUCGGUGACUAGAACUGGUCGCGAUACUUCAACAACAAUUCCCAAAAGCUGCUCUGACCGAUGUCCGCCCAGUUUCUUGGCCGUUGGUUCUCCUUGUUGCAAAAAGAGUCUAUCGAUGAUGGACUUAUCCCUGCCUGCCGUUGAUUCCGACAUCGGCGAUCUCAAAUCAGAGAGCGAGUGUUCUGCCAGUCGUCUUGACGAAAUCGUCGAUAGAAGUAAGGAUAUUUUGGGGAACGGUGGGAGCGCCUAUUGCAAUGGCGGAUCCUGGACGGACGCUACACCGUCUUCGGAAUCCGAACAGAGUGAAACUGUCGGUCUAAUCAAGGAUCCGACGAUCAAUGCGGCAAACGUAGUGUGCCGCGUGUUGGUACUGAAUGCAUGGCGACGUAGACGUGCCGAGAUCGCGCAGCUGGAGCAACAGGUGGAACACUUGCACCUGCAGAUCGAGUUUCUGCGCCGAUUGCUGCUCGCCGAGAACGAUCGGGUCGGUAGACUGAAUAGCGAAUUACAUCGCGAGAAGUCACAACUCGAGGAGGUGACAUCCCAGCGCGACGCCUUCCGAUCGGAAAAAGAGAAAUUAGAAAUUGAACUAAAGCACGCUGAAGAAGUCUCCCAAGAGCGAUCAGUCACUGUGGGAAAUUUGAAGAACGAGCUCUUGACCGCACAAGAUCAGCUAAAGGCGUUCGAUGCACAAAUGACGAAGGAUCGAGAGAAACUUUUGAAAUUACGGGAAGAUAAGAGAAUUCUUCUGGAUAAAAUAUCAGCCAGCGAGAUACUGGCAACAGAACGUAAUGCCAGAGCGGAAAAAGCGGAAUCUGCCAUCGAAGAGUUACAGUUACAAUUAGUGGCACAGGUAUCUCUCGCUGAAUCUGCGCAGGAACAACUUCAGUGUACCUCUAGGGAGCUGCAAAUCGCGAUGGCCGAGAGACAGAGAUUAGAAAAAUAUUUGAAAGCUAGCGAGGAUAAUGCGAAGACUCUGAGUUUACGCACGAUUUCUCUGGAGAGUCAGUUAGCUGAUCGAGAAGUUGAGCUCCAUCGCGUUGAAAUGGAAUAUCAUUCACAAAUGAUGGAAUUAAAUGAACUGAGAGAGCGAUUGCUGCGACAAUCUCAAGAGGGUGGCUGGAAUCGGAUAUUGCAGAUCGCUGGGAGCAUUAUGCGUGUAUCUAUUCUACGAACUUUCGCGUUUUUAUCCAGUGCCACUCUGCCAUUGCUGCCGUAGAUUAAGGAACUUAAGCAUGAUCACAAUUUUCCGGGACAUAAGCUGGUUUUAAUCGGGUGAAACCGAAUUGAAAUACUGUCCGUUUGGUGCAAAUGACUUAGGUCGAAAGAGGAGAGUAUUUUAUGAUCGACUGGCAAGGAUAAACGCUCGCAGGACAAUAGAGAGAUUGAUAAGCAUCAGCAUUUCGUACUACAUUUAAAAUAUAAUACAAUUUUUUUAAGUCAAUAUUUAAUUUUUGAGGAAUAGAGUUUUAUAUAUCCUAUGUUUAACACUACAUAUACUGUAAGAAUAAGCGAUUUUAUUAUGUCAUGUGGUAUUUAUAGGAUAAAUUUUUAUUUUUCAUAAAUUACGAAAGCAAGGAGCUAUACGUAAUAAGCGGAGACUUUAACGGAAUUUAUUGAAUAAAUGUAGAUAUCAUAUGCUUUUUUAAUCUAUACUUUUUAUUUCCUUUCAUGUAAUGAUAAACUGAUAAAAAUAAAUUACCGUCAGUAUUAUUUGAUGGUAUAUAAUCUGGCGAGGCUGUUAAGUUUCUUGCUAUUGCGAGGCGCGUAGUACGGUUUACAAUCAUUGGCCAUUCGUUCAUUAUUUUGUAA